GGGUAUGUCUGUUUUUUAUCAGUCCCGAGAUAAACGUCGGAGAACCGAGACCACAACCACUACUGAUUUCGGUGUGAGUUUGCGCGUGUGAAUAUUUUAUUUUUGUUAUUCCCGCGUGAAAAAUGAAGGCAAUAGAAAAGAGAGGCAGAUGUAGCGCGGGGUCAGCAGACAAGCCCGGCAUGCAGCUGGCUGCUGCCAACGUGGGCUCACACCUGCAACACAUGUGCACGCUCGACAUCGACUCCAAGGCCUCGUACGUGCGUCUGUCCGGCAUCAUCUGUACUAUUGGACCCGCCUCCCGCGAUGUGUCCAUGCUUGAGAAAAUGCUUGAGACUGGCAUGAAUGUGGCCCGCAUGAACUUCUCUCACGGCUCCCACGAGUACCACGCGGAGACUAUUCGCAACUGUCGCGAGGCCGAGAAGAACUACAGCGCGAAGAUCGGCGCCCCGUUCUCACUCGCUAUCGCGCUGGACACCAAGGGACCUGAGAUCAGGACUGGUCUGCUGGAAGGAGGCGGUUCAGCGGAAGUGGAACUGAAGAAGGGCGAGACCAUCAAGUUAACGACCGACCCGUCGUUCCAAGAGCGCGGCUCGGCGCAGACCGUGUACGUGGACUACAAGAACAUCACCACCGUCGUCAAGCCUGGCAACAGGAUCUUCAUUGACGACGGACUGAUCUCCGUCAUCUGCCAGUCCGCCAGUGCUGAUACCCUGACCUGCACUAUUGAGAAUGGAGGUAUGCUCGGUUCAAGGAAGGGUGUGAACCUCCCCGGCCUGCCCGUCGACUUGCCCGCUGUGUCGGAAAAGGACAAGUCCGACUUGCUGUUCGGCGUUGAACAAGGCGUGGACAUGAUCUUCGCGUCGUUCAUCCGCAACGGAGCGGCGCUGCACGAGAUCCGCUCCAUCCUCGGCGACAAGGGACGCAACAUCAAGAUCAUCUCCAAGAUCGAGAACCACCAGGGCAUGGUCAACCUCGACGAGAUCAUUGCUGAAUCUGACGGCAUCAUGGUCGCGCGUGGUGACCUCGGUAUCGAGAUCCCGCCGGAGAAGGUGUUCCUCGCUCAGAAGACCAUGAUCGCUCGCUGCAACAGAGUGGGCAAGCCGGUGAUCUGCGCCACACAGAUGCUGGAGUCGAUGGUGAAGAAGCCGCGCGCCACCCGCGCCGAGAUCUCCGACGUCGCCAACGCCAUCCUCGACGGCGCCGACUGCGUCAUGCUGUCGGGCGAGACCGCCAAGGGCGACUACCCGCUCGAGUGCGUGCUCACCAUGGCCAACAUCUGCAAGGAGGCCGAGGCCGCCAUAUGGCACAAGCAGCUCUUCAACGACCUCGUCUCCGAGGUGAAAGCCCCACUCGAGCCGGCGCACUCGACAGCGAUCGCGGCGGUGGAGGCGUCCACCAAGUGCCUCGCGUCCGCCAUCGUGGUGAUCACCACCAGCGGCAAGUCGGCGCACCUGCUCAGCAAGUACCGCCCGCGCUGUCCCAUCAUCGCCGUCACCCGCCACCCGCAGACCGCCCGCCAGGCGCAUCUCUACAGGGGCGUGCUGCCCAUCGUAUACUCCGAGCCGGCAGCGGGAGACUGGUUGAAGGACGUGGACAACCGCGUGCAGAGCGGCUUGAGGUUCGGGCGCAACCGCGGUUUCAUCAAGACCGGCGACCAUGUCGUGGUGGUCACCGGCUGGCGACAGGGAUCCGGCUUCACCAACACCAUGCGCGUCAUCCAAGUGGAGUAAAUCACGAGUCCAGCACAAAUCAUCGAACAAGUUAUUUUUUUUAAGUAUUAGCGCAAGUGAUAGGACGUAACGUUGAAUUGUUAGGACGCUGCCAACAAUUGCUGUCGAAGCUUACGUCGAAAGUACAGUUACAAUCACAAAUGCUUAUGUAUUUUGUAUAUAUUUGCAUUUAAACGCACGCGUCAUCACAUAUUCAUGAAAUUUCAAACAAAUUAAUGAAUGAAUGUGCCUAAUUUGUUUUCAUGCUGACUGUACUUUAAGUGAUCCUACACAGCACGUUACAGUGAUAUAUGUAUAAAAGGAAUGUAUCUCAAAAUUCUAUUAGUCCUAGGCGUACAUAUUUAUUUGAGUAAUUUAUAAAGUGACAACAUUGUAUAUUGCGAAAUGCGAUAAUAAAAUUUUUAAAAAUGUG